AUGCCCCACGCCGUCUCUAUGCCUGCGACGGGCCUUCAGGCCCUCAUCCUUUGCGGCCCGGGGUCCUCUUUUCCGACCUUUACAUCAAAUCCCGAUGAGAACCCCAAAGCCUUAUUACCCAUUGCCAAUAGGCCUAUGGUCUGGUAUCCUAUUGAUUUUUGCUAUCGCACGGGAAUCACAAGCAUUACUCUUGUUUGCCCCCCUUCUGCCGCCGAUGCUAUUACUACGGCGCUGAAUACAAAUCCCUUCCUCACGGGUUUACCUCACCCACGCCCGGACCUUGUGGCACCAAAUGGGCUUGACCAGAACACAGGCACUGCAGAGAUACUGCGACUCCCUGAGAUUCGAGAGCUCAUUACUUCUGACUUUGUCGUCUUGCCAUGUGAUUUGGUAUGUGAGCUAGGCGGCGAUAAGCUUUUGCAAGCAUGGAUGGUCAAAGCAGCAAGUCUUCCAGAUCUCCUUAGUGACGGUGAGCCGCCGUACUGCAAUGGUGGUUUAGGCGUAUGGUACGAAACGAAGACGGCCACCCCUAUCAAAGGCGAAGAAACAGAUUUCAUCAUAACAGCACCCAUAACCACACCCAUGGUACCUACAUCCAAGGAUUCAUUACUACCGCAUCUCUCAUACUUGACAUAUGCUAUGCCCAAAGAUUCUCUAAACGAUAUCGUGGACCAGAAGAAGAGAUUCCCGAUACGUCAUGGAUUGUUGCGUAGUCAUCCCAAAAUCAGAAUGCUAACCACACAUCGGGACGCGCACAUUUAUAUUCUACCCAAAUGGAUUUUAGACUUCAUUGAAGAAAACGAGCGGCUAGAGACACUUGGCGAAGACGUCAUCGGCUGGUGGGCAAAAACAAAUUGGGAGACAGGGUUAUUCGGGAAGCUAGGGAUGAAAAAAGUCAUCGAGGGCCACACCGAGGAACCGGACAUAGAUAGGUCGCCACGUGGUAAUGAAUCCGCGGCAGAUGCAAGCCUUAUCGAUUCCCCAUGGAGAGCACGCGAAUCCCAUGAGACGUCUCCUCAUGCAGACUUCCGGAACAGACAUCAUGACGGACUACUAGCCAAGCCGAAGGAGCCUAUCGUCCCCCCGAUUCUAGCGUAUAUUCACCCCGCUCGUGCCGACGCUCCAUUGCUCCGUCGAGUAGAUACGGCACAGCUUCUCCUUGCCGUAUCACUGCAGCUAGCAAAACUUCCUUCCGUUGAGGAAACCGGUCCCGAAGCGGCAUCGGCAUUUGCCCAUUCUAGAAAGGUUGCAUACCCCGAGGGCGUCAAGCCGCGAACGACCAUAACCAGACAAGAUUGCUUGAUUGCCGACAAUGUAAUGGUGGAAGAAAAGACAUCAAUCAAAGAGAGCGUCAUUGGAGCAAACUGUCAGAUUAAGGAGGGUGCCAAGUUGUUCCAAUGUCUGCUUAUGGAUGGUGUGGUAGUGGGUAAAGGCUGCAAACUGACUCGCUGCAUCCUAGGCAAGAGGAGCGAGGUUGGGGAGGGUUCGACACUCACAGAUUGUGAGGUGCAAGAGAACUUGUUGGUAGAGCCCAGAACUGAGGAUAAGGACAGCAAACUCAUGAGCUCCUCUGGGAUGGAGGCCAGUGAGCAGGAGAUGCAGGAGGCAUUAGACGACAUUGAUGAAAGCGACAGGGAUAGUGCCAUGUUAGGAUAG